AUCUCCAAGAAUCUGUCAAGAAGCUGGAGCACUAGAAUUGUCGUCACCACCAGAAAUGGGAGAGAGGUUUCCGAGAUCAUCAAAUUUAGAAAGGGUCUACCCCAGGGUGACGCCCUCUGCCCCAGGCUCUUCACGGUUUGCCUGAACCUGAAAGCCUGGAAGAUAAGUGAAUCUGAAGGGUAUAGGCUAUCUAAGCCCAUCGGCGCAACGGUCACUGACCUGCUUUACAUCAAGGACUUAAAGAUCUUCGCAGCGUCUGAAUCCAAGCUAAGCAGCAUCACUUCAAGAGAGGGGUCCGCUGCCUGGCUGGCUGGCUGGCUAAUGUCUGAUGGGAAUGUAAAGAUACCAACGCUCGAAGAUGGUCGGCAGUACAAGUUCUUAGGUGUGAUCGAGAGUCUUAAGCAAGAAGAGAGGAUAGUUUUGCCAUGUGCUGCCAGAGAGUAUUUGCGUAGGUUGUCUGUGAUCUAG